AUGAUUAUUCUGCCGCACAGCGUCAAGGCCAGCCUGUCGCUUUCUCCGACCGGGCCGGGACGGGUGGGUGGCGGCAGUGGUGGGGGCUCCCCGACAUCCAAAAUGGCCCCCGCUGGAGUCGGGGUACCUGUGGAGGACAUGCAAGCCUUGGCCAUUACUUCGCUGUCUGCUGCCGAUGUAGCCAAACAAUUUGAGCAGAUUCGUGAGCUGGGGAAGGGCACGUAUGGUAAAGUGGACCUGGUGGCCCACAGAACCCAAGGCACUAAAAUGGCACUUAAAUUUGUUACCAAAAAUAAAACCAAGCUCAAGAGUUUCCUCCGGGAGUACAGUCUUACGGGCUCGCUUAGCUCCAGCCCGUUCAUCAUCAAAGUUCUGGACGUGCUUUUUGAGACGGAAGACAGCUACGUAUUCGGACAAGAAUACGCUCCCGCCGGGGACCUUUUCGACAUCAUUCCCCCACAGGUGGGUCUUCCAGAAGAAAUGGUCAAACGCUGCAUGCAACAACUCGGUCUGGCUCUGGAUUUCAUGCACAGCAAAAGUUUGGUCCACAGGGACGUCAAGCCGGAAAACGUGCUUCUGUUCGACCGCGAGUGUCGCCGCAUCAAGCUGGCCGACUUUGGCAUGACUCGACGGGUUGGCUGUCGGGUGAAAAGGGUGAGCGGCACCAUCCCCUACACGGCUCCGGAGGUGUGCCGGGCCGGCCGCACCGAGGGUUUCCUGGUGGCGACCAGUCUGGACGUGUGGGCUUUUGGAGUUCUGGUCUUCUGCAUGCUGACGGGUAACUUCCCCUGGGAAGCGGCGCUGCUAAGCGACGCCUUCUACGAGGAGUUCCGACGUUGGCAGAAAGCCGGCUGCCCCGUGGGAACGUAUCCGUCUCAGUGGCGCCGAUUCACCGACGACGCCCUGCGAAUGUUCCAAAGGCUUCUCGCCGCCGAGCCGGAAAAACGUUGCGGGGUCAAGGACGUCUUUUGCUUCGUCAAAUAUGAGCUGGUGAGCGAGCUCAGGCGUAGAGCGUCCUACCGUGCCAAAAGAGGCGAACGCUCCAGCUCGGGGGUGUGCUCUGGCAACUGCACUUCAUCUUCAUCCACUUCUUCCUCCUCCUCCUCCUCACGAGCCUCCCACAGACACCCUGAGCCUUCCACGCCUCCAGGAACCUCCUGCCUUCGCCCAGCACCCCUCAAGCGGAGCGUCCUUUCUGACUCCAGAGAGGAGGCUGGACAGCAACAACCUUCAGGACGAGACAAGAACAAAAGCCAGAUGGUGAUGGCCACUGCUAUUGAAAUCUGCGUGUAACCACAUUCCAAAAUUUGAUUGGGUCAGUCAAGGAACUAAAGCCGACUCCGGGGAAAAGGUGCAAUACUUGUACGAGCGGGAUGGAGGAACGAAGAACGGCCAGAUGGUGACGGCUAGCAUUAUUCACGCCGCUGGUGGUGCUAACGAUCGUAGUAAGACACUGACUUCUCCAUGACUUGUCACUACAGCAGGGUUUCUCACACCUUCCGAGUCCACUUCAGCGAUUCUUAAGCAGCAUUUGACUUCAUCAUCGGCGACAUUAGCACACUUAAGAUGGACGUCCAUGUAGCAGGGUGUAUGACACGUUUUUUUUUUUUUCCUUGGGUCACCUCAGGACACUCGAGUGGAUCACUUCCCGUCGCAUUAGCCAUCCAUUCCAUUUACAGGAAGAUUUUAUGAGCGAAGACGUGCGAACAAUAACAAAAGGGAGAGAAUAUGUUUUCUAUUUUUUUUUUUUUCCUUUUCUACUCGUGUUAGCGCUCGGAUGUGUUGUACGCGUGAGUUCCCGACACUAAAGCACAAAAUGUUUUUAAAAGGUGAACAAUCUCACUCCAUAUCGUAGAUAUAGUUGAGUACUUCGUGAUAUCAGGUAGUUCAUCUAUGUAGCUGUACUCGUUUUCGAAAAAUCAGGGGAUUCGGUCACUGUCAGGUUAACUAACGCAUUGUAUGUAGCAACUCGAUAGGACGGAAUGUACAGUACAGUUGACUGG